AUGGACGCUCGAAACUCGCUGCUGGGAAGCGGAGGCGACCCGGCCUUCGACCAGAAUGGCGCUCAGUAUCACCACCGCUCCUUCAGCCAGAGCGGCGACUACGGCGCGGAAUACGGCCAGGCCUAUCCCCAGGCAUCUCUAACUCAGGCCGCCUACGCUCAGCCUACGUAUGCUGAGAACGCGAGCCUCCACCAAAACCCCGAAACAGCUGGUGCUGCUGGCAGCACUGGCGCAAGCAAAUUCGACUUCACCUUCGUCAAAAGCAGAUGGCCUGCGGCCUUCCUGGCCGUAACUGGUAUCCAGGCUCUCAUCAACCUGGCCUUUGAAGCCUAUGUUUUCGGCAAAUUUCAGCUGAGCCUGGGUGCAUAUGUUCCACUGCCUCAGGUCCAGUCUCAGUACAAGACAAUCCCUACCUUUCUUACUCUAUUCAUUUUCGGUUUCCUUUACGAAUUGAUUCUCGUGCUGGAUGCGCUGCGCAUGAAGAACACUAUUCAGAUUAUCGGCGUCUGCAUUGCCAACCUGGCUCUCUUGAUUUACUCCGCUCUCCAGCUUGAGCAGAUUCAGAUGGCUCUUGGAAUCUUGGAAGUUAACGGUGCGCUGGAGCAAGGUAUCACAUCUGCCAUGCUCUGGGAUGAUAUCAAGGCCUACCUUAUUGCCACUCCUGUCAUCAUUGCCGUUACCACCAUCAUUAUGGUAUACAUAACCUGGAAGCUCUACCAGCAAUUUGCUUGGGACAUUCUCAAGAACAUUGGUGCCGAUUAUCGCAUGAAGAAGCGCUUCCUUCAUUACCAGAUCUACAUUGCCCUGCUCAAGUUCGAUUUCUUCUUCUUCUUGGGUUUCAUCAUUCAGUUUGUUGUCGUCGUCGCUGUCAGGACCGAUCCCGAAUUCGCUCUCACGAUUGCCACCAUUCCGGUCACGAUUGCCAUUCUGAUUUCUGCUGCUUUCUUUACCCAGAGGGAGAACAAGCCUGGCAUGAUCUGCGUUAUUGUCCUUUACUUUGGCGGUCUCUCCUACUUCAUUUUCAAGCUCUUCCGUAUCUACGAGCCCAGCCGCGCUUCAUCUUAUUUCGCCGUUCGGAAAUCUCUUACCGCAUUCGCCGUCAUCACCAUUCUGCUCAUCAUCAUGACCAUCAUCAAUGCCAUCAUCUGCAUGCAUAACUUUGGUUCCGGUCUCAAGGCUCACCUGCUGUCUGCUCGCAAGGUUGACGAGAAGACCGACAUCAACUCAUUCGGCAUGAGCGAUGUGAAGACCCCGAUGCAGAACCGCAUGACUAUCGACUAA